CCCCCGACUCCCCCCUCCGGCGGCCUCCGGCGCUCCCGCGGCCCCCGUCCGGGCCCCCGAACCCCCCGCCCCCCCGGCCGGGCCUGACCGGCGCUGAUCGGGCCCGAGGGGCCGGCAUGGCGGGCGGCGGGGCCGGGGGCGGCGCGGCGGGGAAGCGGCGCGGGGCCGCGUGCGCGCGGGGCCGCCUGGGCUCGCUGCGCUCCCCCCAGUGCGCGCUGCUGCUGGCGGGGCUGCUGGCCGUGUGCGCCUUCUACUACGCGGGCUCGGGCCGCGAGACCUUCUCCAGCGCCACGCGGAGGCUGAAGGAGAGCCGGGCGGCGGCCACGGGCGGCCCCGAGCCGGGCCCCGCCUCCGACGCCCCCCCGGCGCCCGAGCCCCGGGCCAAGGCGGCCGAGGGCGGCCCCGCGGGGCCCGGCGAGCGGGACUUGCACGUGCUGAUGAUGUUCACCAAGGCCGACCGCAGCCCCGCGCUGCAGGCCAAGGGGCGCACGGCCCUGCGCUCGCUGCUGCGCCGCGCCAAGCUGGGCGCGCGGGAGGCGCUCAACGUGCACUUCGUCUGCGAGGCGGCCAGCAGGGAGAUCGCCAAGGACCUGCUGCGGGAGCUGCUGCCCGGGGUGCCCUUCAAGUACAAGGUCAUCUUCCACGAUGUGGCCGUCUUGACCGAGAAGCUGUUCCCCGUGGUGGAGGCCAUGCAGAAGCACUUUAGCGCAGGCUCUGGGACCUACUACGGGGACUCCAUCUUCUUCUUGUCGGUCGCCAUGCACCAGAUCAUGCCCAAGGAAAUCUCACAGAUAAUUCAGCUGGACUUGGACCUGAAGCACAAGACUAAUAUCCGCGAGCUGUUUGAAGAAUUUGAUAAUUUCCCUCCUGGAGCUGUCAUUGGGAUUGCCCGAGAGAUGCAGCCGGUCUACAGGCACACCUUUUGGCAGUUCCGCCGCGAGAACCCGCAGACCAGAGUCGGGGACCCCCCUCCUGACGGCCUCCCCGGCUUCAACAGUGGUGUGAUGCUCCUGAACCUGGAGGCCAUGCGUCAGUCGGCUCUCUACCGUCGGCUGCUGGAGCCAGCCACCCUGCAGCAGCUCACGGAGAAGUACCGCUUCCAGGGCCACCUAGGCGACCAGGACUUCUUCACCGUGGUGGGCAUGGAGUACCCCGAGCUCUUCCACGUGCUGGACUGCACCUGGAACCGGCAGCUGUGCACCUGGUGGCGGGACCACGGCUACAGCGAGGUCUUCGACGCCUACUUCCGCUGUGAGGGCCACGUCCGCAUCUAUCACGGGAACUGCAACACGCCCAUCCCGGAGGACUGAGAGCCGGACCCAGGGCUCCUGGGAGCGACCGAGGCCUUCCCACCCCCCAGGUUCUCCCUUGGCUUCUCCCCGUGUGGCCAGCUGUGGUUCACCACCGGUGCCCUCGGGUGACGGGGAGGAAGGAGAAGCAGAGGAUGGUUGUCUUGGCAGGGGUGAGGGACGGUUGCCCGGCUGGCCGGAGAGCGGGGAUGCGGGAUGGUCACCUGGCUGCCCAGAGAGCGGGGAUGUGGGAUGGUCGCCCGGCUGGCCGGAGAGCGGGGAUGCGGGAUGGUCACCUGGCUGCCCAGAGAGCGGGGAUGUGGGAUGGUCGCCCGGCUGGCCGGAGAGCGGGGAUGCGGGAUGGUUGCCCGGCUGGCCGGAGAGCGGGGAUGCGGGAUGGUCGCCCAGCUGGCCGGAGAGCAGCACUGCCCGGGAGGGAGGGGCAGGAGGAGAAGAAACACCCAGAAGGCUUCUCGUUGGCCAUCCCCCCCUGAGCCAGACUGUGUCACAUCAGGGCUCCCAAAUGCCAUCCUCGCUCAGACCACACACAGACCACCCUAGCAAUCCAGGCUGCCAUCUUGGGCAGGCACCCGACCAUUGGCGUGGCCCGGGGGUACCGAGGCUAGGGCAGGCUGGCUUUGUGCUUAGACGUCCCACCACAUGUUGAUGGGGGCGGCUCGUGUACCCCGGCUCACUCUGAGGAGCUGGGAGCCCCGGCCCUCCCCGAGGCUCCCUGUGGUCCGCUUUGAGCUUGGGCCUGUGAGGGCCGCCGGCUCCCGAUCAUGGUCAUCAUUCACCGUACUGUGGCUCUGAGCACUCUUGCCCUGUAGGCUAGGAAGACUGGGUUCUCCCCUUGGGAAGAGCCGGUCCAUCUGGCAUUAUUGCGCCUCGUGGCUCAGCGUCCCGGCCCGGCGUUUGGCCCCGAAGGCCGGCUGAGGGAGGCGGCUUCUCUGGGGCUGCGCCAAAGGCAGCGGGGAGCAGAGCUCACACAGGAGACGCCGAGAUGGGGACCGCGCCCUUCCCGACUGGGCCCAGCUUGGUCAGAUGGCUCGUCUGCAGACCUUGUAAGUAGCCGCCCCGGAGGCCAGUGCCCAUCUCUGCCCUCAGCUUCAGAGGGGACACAUGGACUUGUCCGUUAUGGAGAGCCUGGGGGCGUCCCCAGAGUGCUAGGACGUGCCGAGAGCCCUCCCUUUGUGCUGGCAUGUAGGUUUGCCCAAAGCUGGCUGAUAGCUCACAGUGGCUGGCACACUGCCCGGGGCCGUCUGUUCUGUGAGCCCGAGGGCUCCGGGCCAGAGCUUAAUAAAUUCACUAGAAAGAAUCUG